GCAGGAGUGUCCGUGCUUCAAGUCUCUCUCUCUCUCUCUCUCUCUCUCUCUCUCUCUCUCUCUCUCUGUCCGGCUGUUUUGGAGAGUUUCUCUGUCCUCACCAGUAAUUACAUCAUUAAUUAAUUACAUCAGCAAUACGGGUCACAUCACUUCCAGGCAUGGAUGAUUUGUAACUGGAGACAUCAGAGUGGACAUAGUGCCGAUUAAUGACCGUGCUGGACAAUAGCCUAUUCUUACUUUUGAGUCAGAAAGGGACUCCGGGUACGGAAGAGUUCCCGUUAAACGCAGCUCUCGUGUAACAACGUGAAGAAGAAAAAAAGUAUAAACCGUUCUAUGGCAAGGCGACGGACGGGAAAGGUCAAAGAUGCGACGCUGGCGAACUUGUUUCUGAUUAAUUCCCCACGUGCGCGCGAGUGAGUGAGUGUGUGUGUGUGGGGGAGAGUGGCCACACCGCAAUUCCCACGCGCGCCUAUAUUAACGCGCCGCGCAUGGACGCAGCACACUCGGCCGCCGGCACGCGCUGACCAACAAACACAAGCUCUUACACAGCUCUUAAGCAGCUUUAACACAGAGACAGCGAGCUGGGAGAAAGUUCUACAGAUCAUUUAUUUCCCACUCUGAGAUUAUCGCUCAGGAGAACUACUGCUCGGAAUUGUGUGUGGACAUCGGUGCACCGGAUUUUGUGUCCUCUUAAGAUGCGCGCGCUCCGGGUUGUGAUCGUCGUCACAGGGCUCGCGCUGUGCAUGUGCGCCGCCGCGCGUGGUGGCGAGAGCGAGGGCGCGAGAGCGAGAGCGCACGCGUGGGCAGACACGAACAAGAACGCGAACACGGACAUGGACGCGGACACGGACAGCGCUCAGAGCUACCGCAGCCUGUUCGCACAGAUCUUGAAGAUGGUGCGCAACGCGAAGCACGGCGACGGAGAGCUCGCGCAGGCCACCGCCAGUGAAGAGAGCAAGCAUCAUCAACAGCAGACGAAGAGCGGGGAUCAGAUACUGGAAAUCUUUCCCAGGGAUCUCAGAAAGAAGGAGUUUUUAAAGCACUUAACAGGGCCUUUAUACUUCAGCCCCAAGUGUCGGAAACACGUCUACAGGCUCUAUCACAACACCAGAGACUGCACCAUUCCUGCAUUUGCCAAGAGAUGUGCGCGACUUCUCACUCGGCUAGCCACGAGUCCGAGAUGCCUCGAGAGCUAACUACGACCAGAUACUCUUUCGGUUCAAGCCAAACCAGAGGAGCAAGGGAAAAAAAAAUAUUGUCAAGUGCCUUUUGGACGAGACCGACCUCCGUCGUUCCAUCGAAUCAACAAAUCAUGUCCAGGACACGACUUCGCUGCUGCAGGGGUCACACGGACAGACGAAAGAACAGAUGGAGCACCUCGUGGAGAUGAAAGCCAGGAGGAAAAAUGGACGUAUUCAUCACAGAUUUGCUGAUAUUCCUGAGAAACCUGUCUGAGACACAAACUUUACGGAGCUAUAACAAAAACAAAAACCACCCUGCUUUUGGAUCGGAUGAAAAGUCCUUGAGAAAAGGAUCGCCUUGGGUUUGGAUUUUGGUUUUAUAACGACACCAUCAAUGCCAUCACUUCGCCGUCAGUGACUUUAUAGUGUGGCAGAACAAAACAAACCGGAUGUGUUUUGUUUUGUUGUUUUUUAUUUCCUGAUCAGGAACUUCCUAAAACAUAACCGCUAACUUAUUUCCAUCCCAAUGCUUUUCAUCUCUCCAGCAUUAUGUCUGUGAAACGGCCAGAUGUUUGCUGACCACUGUGUGUGUGUGUGUGUGUGUGUGGAAUAGGAAAUAUAGUCUAUAUAUUUUCAUGUACAUGAUGUAUAGAGAUAUAAGAACCAAAAAAUACAUGUAAAUACUGUACAUAAAGGAGGCAGAAAAAUCCCUGUAAUGAGCACGAGGCUGUAAUAGAUCCGAAUGUUGGGAUACGUAUAAAUAUUUAAGAGAAAGUAUAUUUAAAUAAAUUAUAUGAU